CAGUCAACUACAAAAGAGAGUAGCAGGCAAGAAAAUAAAUUGAGAUUUAUCUUUCUUAAAGUUAGUAUUUUGUUUUGUUUAAUAGUAUAUUGAUUGAAUACAGUACAGUUAGUUCACAUUCAUAUGAGUUGAGGUGAGGGAUAAGGAGUCUCUACUUAAGUCUCUUGCAGAAACUUAGUUAAGGCACACACAAACACAAACACAAGCACACACAAGUUGACUUGAGUGGUUUGACAUGGAGCUAAGCCCAAUUGAGAGACACAAGAAGUCACCAUUUGGAGGCUUUGCUUCAACUGAUUCGAUUAAAGAGGAGGAAGAUGAGGAAGCUCAGUUGAAGUGGGCUGUCAUUGAAAGACUUCCAACUCUUAAAAGGCUUAGAACCUCACUGAUUGAUAUUGAUCAUGAGGGGAAAGAGGCUGAAGGUAUGAGAAUGGUUGAUGUUACAAAGCUUGGAGCAGCCGAGCGCCAUCUUUUCAUUGAGAAGCUCAUAAAACACAUAGAACAUGACAACCUCCGAUUAUUACAGAAACUCAGAGAGAGAAUAGACAGAGUGAAUGUGAAAUUGCCAAGUGUGGAGGUGAGGUACAAGAAUCUGUGUGUGGAGGCAGAGUGUGAGGUGGUUCCAGGAAAGCCUUUACCAACCUUAUGGAACUCUCUUGUGAGCAGUGUAUUAUCAGUGGUUAGAAAUGCAUUACUAUGCAACUCAGAAGAAUCCAAGAUGAGUAUUGUAAAAGAUGUGAGUGGUAUCAUCAAACCCUCAAGGCUUACUCUACUUCUUGGUCCACCAGGAUGUGGUAAAACCACCUUCCUACUUGCUCUUGCAGGAAAGCUAGAUCAAUCUCUCAGGGUGACAGGAGAGACUUCUUAUAAUGGCUACAAACUAGAUGAGUUUGUUCCUCAAAAAACUUCAAUUUACAUCAGCCAAUAUGACCUACACAUUCCUGAAAUGACUGUAAGAGAGACAAUUGACUUCUCAGCACGCUGCCAAGGUGCUGGGAGCAGAACCGAUACACUUAUGGAAGUCAACAGAAGAGAGAAAGAACUAGGAAUAGUCCCUGAUCCAGAUGUUGACACAUACAUGAAAGCAAUUUCAGUUGAAGGGCAAAGAAGAAAUCUCCAAACAGACUAUUUUCUAAAGAUCCUUGGACUGGAUACCUGCAGUGAUGUAAUGGUUGGUGAUGCAUUGAAGAGAGGCAUUUCGGGUGGUCAGAAAAAAAGACUAACAACAGGGGAGAUGAUUGUUGGUCCAACAAAAACUUUAUUUAUGGAUGAAAUAUCAACCGGGUUGGACAGUUCCACAACCUUUCAGAUAGUAUCCUGUUUACAGCAUUUUGUGCACAUAACAGAUGCUACUAUAUUGGUUUCACUUCUUCAACCAGCACCAGAAACCUUUGAACUAUUUGAUGAUGUUAUAUUAAUGGCUGAGGGAAAGAUAGUUUAUCAUGGUCCUCGUACUAGUGUACUUCAGUUCGUUGAAAACUGCGGUUUCAAGUGCCCAACAAGAAAGGGUGCAGCAGAUUUCCUUCAAGAGGUAAUCUCCAAAAAGGAUCAAGUUCAAUAUUGGUACCACACUGACCGUCCUUACAACUAUGUUUCAGUGGAUCAAUUUUCUCAAAUGUUUAAAAGGAGUCAUACUGGAAAGAGUCUAUAUGAUGAGCUAUCAAAACCAUAUGAAAAAUCUCAAAGCCACAAAAAUGCCUUAUCAUUUAGAACUUACUCUGUGAGAAAGUGGGAGCUAUUGAAAGCUUGUACGGCCAGAGAGCUGCUUCUCAUGAAACGAAACUCCUUUGUCUAUAUUUUCAAAACAGCUCAGCUUAUCAUCACAGCAUUCAUGACAAUGACGGUAUUCAUACGUACUGAGAUGAAUGUUGAUUUGAAAAGCGCAAACUAUCUAAUGGGGUCAUUAUAUUAUGCACUUGUGAGGCUCAUGACUAAUGGAGUUGCAGAGCUUGCCUUGACUAUAACUAGGCUUCCAAUAGUUGACAAGCAAAAAGCAUUCUAUCUAUAUCCAGCAUGGGCUUAUUCUAUUCCAGCCUCUGUAUUAAAAAUUCCAUUUUCAUUGAUUGAUUCUCUGCUGUGGACAGCAUUAACUUACUAUGUCAUUGGGUAUAGUCCUGAAAUAGAAAGGUUCUUUUGUCAAUUCCUUGUGCUAUUUGCUCUGCAUAUGACAUCAACAUCAUUGUGCCGUUUCAUUGCCUGUAUUUUCCGAACGACUGUUGCUGCAACAACUUGUGGAUUUUUGGUUCUGAUACUAAUGUUCAUGUUAGGAGGUUUUAUUCUUCCAAGACCUGAUUUACCUUAUUUCUUAAGGUGGGGGUUCUGGCUUUCUCCAAUGACAUAUGGAGAAAUAGGCUUAACGCUAAAUGAAUUCUUGGCUCCACGCUGGCAAAAGGUCAAUAUAGGAGACAUUAGCAUUGGAAAGGAUGUUCUAAUCAGUCAUGGCCUAGACUUUGAGGCCUAUUUCUUCUGGAUAUCAGUAGCAGCAUUGUUUUGUUUCACAAUACUUUUUGAUCUUGGAUUUGUCUUGGCAUUAACUUAUCUGAAACCUCCCAAGCUGUCCAGAGCCAUUAUUUCAAAGAAAAAGAUGUCUCAACUACAAGCAAGAAAUGGUUACCAUGCUAGUGCAAAACUAGACAAUAAAUCAACCCCAGUUGAGCUUUCACAAACCGUAUCAGAAACAAGAAAGAAUGAUAAGCUGGUCCUACCAUUCGAGCGACUGACAAUCUCAUUUGAGGAUGUGCAUUAUUAUGUUGAAACCCCUACGGAAAUGAUGGAGCAUGGUUUCAAUCAGAAAAGACUUGAGCUACUUCGUGACAUAACAGGUGCAUUCAGGCCAGGGGUGCUUACAGCUUUGAUGGGAGUCAGUGGAGCUGGGAAAACCACUCUCAUGGAUGUUCUUUCAGGAAGGAAAACUGGUGGUACGAUUGAAGGGGAUAUCCGAAUAUCGGGUUACCCCAAGGUCCAGAAGACAUUUGCAAGAAUAUCAGGCUACUGUGAGCAGACUGAUAUACAUUCUCCAAAUGUCACAGUAGAAGAAUCAGUGAUGUACUCAGCUUGGUUGCGGUUGCCACCUGAUACUGAUGCACAAAAAAGAUAUAGAUUUGUGGAAGAGGUUAUUGAAACAAUUGAGCUGAAUGAUAUAAGAGAUUGUAUAGUUGGCAUUCCUGGACAAAGUGGCCUAUCAACUGAACAAAGGAAAAGGCUAACAAUCGCGGUUGAGCUUGUUUCCAAUCCAUCAAUAAUAUUUAUGGAUGAGCCUACCUCAGGAUUAGAUGCUAGAGCAGCUGCAAUUGUGAUGAGAGCUGUAACUAAUGUAGUGGCCACUGGGAGGACUACUGUUUGCACUAUCCACCAACCGAGUAUUGACAUAUUUGAGGCUUUUGAUGAGUUGAUUCUUAUGAAAAGGGGAGGGCAAAUCAUCUAUUCUGGAAUGCUAGGUCCACAUUCAAGCAAACUUAUUGAAUAUUUUGAGAGUAUUCCUGGUGUGCCAAAGAUUAAGGAUAAUUAUAAUCCAGCUACAUGGAUGCUAGAAGUUUCUUCUACUUCAGUUGAAGCAGAACUUGGCAUAGAUUUUGCCACCAUUUACAAGGAGUCAUCUUUAUAUAGAGAAACUGUAGACAAGGUAAAACAGUUGAGUGAACCAAAGCCGGAUUCCACCGACCUACACUUCCCCACUCAUUUCCCACAAAACGGCUGGGUGCAGUACAAGGCUUGCCUUUGGAAACAACACUUGUCCUAUUGGAGAAGUCCUCAAUACAACUUGGCACGUUUCAUGUUUAUGAUUAUUGCAUCUGUGUUGUUUGCAAUAAUCUUUUGGCAAAAAGGGAAAGAGAUUAACAAUGAGCAGGAUUUGUUUAACAUACUUGGAUCAAUAUAUAUGGCUGUUAUCUUCUUAGGCGUAAACAACUGCUCAACAGUCCUGCCAUAUGUGGCAACUGAGCGCAAUGUUUUGUACCGCGAAAGAUUUGCUGGAAUGUAUUCCUCAAAGGCAUAUUCCCUUGCACAGGUGACUAUUGAAAUUCCUUACAUACUGGUACAAGCAAUUUUGUAUGUGCUCAUUACAUAUCCAACAAUAGGGUACCAAUGGACGGUUGACAAGGUUUUUUGGUACUUCUACGCAUCCUUCUGUACAUUUUUAUACUUCGUGUAUCUUGGAAUGCUAAUAGUUUCCAUUAGUCCUAAUCUUGAAGUAGCUUCUGUACUCUCGAGCGCCAUCUAUACAGUGUUGAAUCUUUUCUCAGGCUUCCUCAUGCCAGGACCUAAAAUUCCAAAGUGGUGGGUGUGGUGCUACUGGAUUUGCCCCACAUCUUGGUCCCUUAAUGGCCUUCUGACUUCACAGUAUGGAGAUAUGAACAAAGAAAUAACAAUAUUUGGGGAGCUGAAAACAGUUGGUUCUUUUCUAGAAGAUUUUUAUGGUUUUCAACAUGAUCGUUUAGCCCUUGUGGCUAUUGUGCUCAUUGCUUUCCCACUUGUUUUUGCAUCACUUUUCACUUACUUCAUAGGGAGACUAAAUUUUCAGAGGAGGUGAUUGAAAAGCUACAAGUUUUUUGCUCCUCAACUGUUAUAAAAAGAUGCAAACAUAUUUUGCAAUAUAGAAAUAAAAAAUAAAAAGGGCUCUUGCUUGUCUCA